AUCUCAACUACUCUUAUUAUUUGCAAUAACGACUCAGAUAAUCCCUCUUUAUAUACAUCAAGACUCUUGCAUUCUUCCAUAUUAUCUUAAAUCCCUCUUUCAUCUCCACCUUCAUGACCAUGAAAAUAAUUCUAUUCUUCUUCAUUAUUUUCUCUCACUCUCGAAUUAUACAUUUCGCCUCAUCAGAUCCUGACCAGCUCCAAGAUUUUUGCAUUCCGCACAACAAUUCAUCCCCUUCGCUCCCAUGCAAGAAUUCGACUCUUGUCAGAGUCGAAGACUUCAUAUUUUCCGGAAUUAAAAAUCCCGGAAAAUUCAAAAACGGAUUCUCAGGGGUGUCAGUGACUUCUGACGCAUUCCCAGGGCUGAACACCCUGGGAAUGUCAUUCGUCCGGGCUGAUUUCGAGCCCGGUGCAAUCAAUGUACCGCAUUACCAUCCUCGAGCUACUGAGACAGCCUUCUUACUCAAAGGUACAAUGUAUUCGGGAUUCGUGGAUUCGCAGAACAGAGUGUAUGCGAAAGUUAUUGAGGAAGGGGAGGUGAUGGUGUUUCCGAAAGGACUACUGCAUUUUCAGAUGAAUGUGGGAGAUGGAAAAGCGACGAUAUUAGGGAGUUUCAAUAGCCAGAAUCCGGGAGUGGUGAGGAUUCCGGCAGCUGUGUUCGGGUCCGGGAUCGAUGAGGAGUUGCUGGAGAAGGCUUUUGGAUUGAACUCUAAGGACACUGGGAAGAUCAGGAAGAAACUGGGAUUUAAAGAACACAAAUAGUGUUGGGAUAUGAUGGUCUACUUGGUAAUGGCAGAAGAUUUCAGUGAUUAAGUUUUCCAAACAUGGAAAGGCAAAAAAAAGAGAGAUGAUUACAUCUGUAGGAAGCAGAGGUGUUCACGGUGCCGGAAGUGUAAUUUUUUUAUAUAAAAUCGCGAAUCAAUCCGCUCA